CACGCAAGUUCGGUAUCGGCAUGGCUGCGCCUACCACAAUGUCUAAUGGCCAGGAAACAGCCUCCCUGAACGGCAAACCCGCGCUUAAGCGGUCCAGGGAAAGCGCGGAGCUCGACUCUCUGCGGAUUCCGCGGGAGCCUCAGAAUAAAGUGACUGUAGUGCUGGGAGCUCAAUGGGGAGAUGAAGGCAAAGGGAAAGUGGUCGAUCUCUUAGCAAUGGAUGCCGACAUUGUAUGCAGAUGCCAGGGAGGAAAUAACGCGGGACACACAGUGGUGGUGGACUCAGUGGAGUAUGACUUCCACCUGCUGCCUAGUGGCAUUCUCAACAAAAAGGCUGUUUCUUUUAUUGGUAAUGGUGUCGUGAUACACCUUCCAGGGCUUUUUGAUGAAGCGGAGAAGAACUUGCAGAAAGGCAAUGGGCUUCAAAAUUGGGAGGAUCGGCUGAAGAUAUCUGACAGGGCACAUCUUGUGUUCAACUUCCAUCAGGCUGUAGAUGGGAUUCAAGAACAGCUUAGACAGCAGCAGGCAGGAAAAAACUUGGGCACCACUAAGAAGGGCAUUGGACCUGCAUAUUCCUCCAAAGCUGCGCGUAAUGGACUCCGGGUGUGCGACCUGGUCUCUGACUUUUCAGUGUUUGAGGAAAAGUUCCGGGUGCUUGCUGGUCAUUUUAAGACCAUGUAUCCCAAUCUUAAUAUUGACGUUGAUGCUGAACUCGAGCAGCUGAAGGUUUACGCCGAACGACUACGGCCUUUAGUAACCGACGGAGUUUAUUUCAUGCACAAAGCCCUCACUGGACCUAGCAAGAAGAUUCUGGUGGAAGGAGCCAAUGCUGCUUUACUGGAUAUUGAUUUUGGGACCUACCCCUUCGUGACAUCAUCAAACUGCACUGUCGGAGGUGUUUGCACGGGGCUCGGUGUUCCCCCGUCUCAUGUUGGACGUGUGUAUGGAGUGGUGAAAGCCUAUACCACCAGAGUGGGGGUGGGAGCUUUCCCUACUGAGCAGGAUAAUGAAAUCGGUGAUCUGCUACAAAGCAAAGGGAGGGAAUUCGGUGUCACAACAGGCAGGCGGCGUCGCUGUGGGUGGUUGGACCUGGUUUUGGUUCGCUAUGCCCACAUGGUUAAUGGGUUUACAGCCAUUGCUCUGACCAAGUUGGACAUUCUUGAUACAUUGCCAGAAAUAAAGGUUGGAAUCGCCUACACUGUAGAUGAAAAGCCUCUUCCCAGUUUUCCUGCAAACAUGGAUGUCCUGACUAAGGUUCAAGUGACCUAUGAAACGCUGCCCGGUUGGUGUUGUAGCACAGAGGGAGUACGCAGUUUUGAUGAACUGCCUUCUCAGGCACAGGCGUACAUUUGCUUUAUUGAGAAUGUCCUACAGGUGCCAGUGAAAUGGGUGGGAGUUGGCAAGUCCAGAGAAAGCAUGAUAAAGCUCUUCUAAUAACAAAAACACGAGAAGCCAAACUUAAGUUGACGGUCUGCCAGGACGUGUGACAUCAUGACUGUUGGGGGACCAAAAUCUUUUUAUAUGCAUUUGUGCUGAAAUUAAGACUAAUCAUGGGUUUCGAAUCAACUGAAUGUCCCACUUAGAAUGUACACCAGCAAUGUUUCUAGUAGUCGGGUUUGAACAAACCUGACCUGCUCCCCAGUAAUUGGCAUUCCUUGACUUAUCAUUUUCAUUUCAAAGUGCCCCCCACAUCUGCUCAGAAAAACCUAUUAAUCACAAAUAAAUGGCAGAGCUAGACCUUUGUCAGUAAUGUGAUGAAUUGUGGAGCUUCAGACUUGAUCUUUUUACAAAGUCUCUUUAAAUGGAACAUGGCACCUUUCACAUUAUGAGCAUUUGAAAAAUAACUAUAUGCAUUGCUAAUAGGUGGAUAAAACCAAACUGAUUUUUAAGGUGUUGUAUACUGUGCUUUUUAUGUAAUCUAAUGUCUGGGGUGAGCGCAAGGUCUUGUUUUGUCUUUUUAAUUUUAUGUUUAUGAAUACUUCCAGACUGAUUUGCUGUAGUUUAAAGUACCGAAAGGGACCUUCACGCAAAGCUUUGUGAUUCUGGGAUAAAAAAAGGGCGUUGUUAAACUUCUAUCAGCAAUAAUACACUUGAACAGUGCUUGGAUCUUAUGACGGACAGCUGUACGUGCACAGAUGUACAGUGCAUUCCACCUCUUCAAAUAUUUGCUGCUGUUUUUCAACAAUAAAGUGCGAAUAUUUGCAACGUGAUGCACUUUAUUUUUUAUACACUUUAAGUUUUGAGAAACCGGUUAUGUCUCCACCCUGAAUAUAUUUAUAUGGCGUAUAAAAGAUUAAUGUUUUGUAAGAAAAUCCAUGGAUAACUUCUGCAACAUCUUCGUUAUGGCAGUGUUGUAUGAGUAACAGUCAUGGGAAGUUGUGAAAUUUAAACCGGUCAUUCUUUUAGACGAUGCAGGAGUUAUGUUAUCAUGCGUACUUUUAAGUGUGCGUUAUGCUGGAUACUCUGCUAUCAGAUAUUUCACGGAUUAGAAGGUAUUAAUUUGCAUUUAUUAGCCAACAAAACGUGAAACGAGAAAAUGAAUUGUAACAGAUCAGUGCUGUCUGUAUUAAUUUUUCUUGUUUAAAUCCAUUUAAAACUGUUUUAAUCACUGGCUGUAUCUGUUAUAGAUAAUUUAAUGUCUUUCUAAAAUUCAUGAAUUAUGUCUACAGUGUGCCGAACAACAGGAGUGUUUCAAACUUUCCCAGUCAGCAAAUUAAAGAAAGCGGUCCAAUCCGGUACACAUCCUCGUAGCAACAACUCAACCAGAUCUGUUCCAUAAUUCCACCUGCAGUGAGCCCUAUAAUAAAGAAUGACAUGGCCCAUA